UUUCCACGUCGCAGCUCUGCCUCACAGGCGAACUGGCUGCGUAUGUAUGCGUGUCUCCAGCUAGGCCAGAGAGUGAUGGCGGCGCCCGUCCUGAGAGUGUCCACCCCUCGGUGGGAGAGAAUAGCGAGGCUCCUCGUCUGCCUGCUGGGCAUACUGCUGUCUCUAUAUGCUUUUCACGUCGAGAGGGAAAAGGCACGGGAUCCCAGUUAUAAGGCUAUGUGCGAUGUCAGCAGCUCCAUCAGCUGUUCAAAAGUGUUCAGCUCAAGGUGGGGUCGAGGAUUUGGACUCUUGGGCUCAAUCUUUGGAAAUGACAGUGCACUGAACCAACCCAACAGUGUCUAUGGGAUCGUCUUUUAUGCCUUUCAGCUCCUACUAGGAAUGACUGUCAGUGCAAUGGCCGCCCUAAUUCUCAUGACGACAUCCAUCUUGUCGGUGGUGGGUUCGCUCUACCUGGGCUACAUCCUCUACUUUGUCCUAAAGGACUUCUGCAUCAUCUGUGUCACCACAUAUGCGCUGAACUUCAUUCUCUUUAUUCUCAACUACAAGCGACUGGUUUACUUGAACGAGGCCUGGAAGCAGCAGCUCCAGGCCAAGCAGGACUAAGCUGCCGAGAGCGGCGAGAAAAAUAUGACAAACAAAAAAAAAAAAAAGAAAUGUGACCUCUGAACAUUUGACUUGCCACCAGGAGACCUUGCUUCCAAACAAUGUUUAUUCUGCUGUGUGUUUAAAAAAAAAUGAAGAAAUUUAACUUAAAUGUUGGGCCUGACAUCUCAAUGUUGAUUGCAAACACGGAAGGAUUUGUAAGUGAAAGGUGAUUUUUUUUUUAAUUUCUUUUUUACUUUUAAUUUCUUUUGUCUUUUUUUUUUUUUUUAAAUAAACGUACUCACUUAAGGAAGGGAGUUGGUUGUGUGUGUGAGGGAAACACAACAACCCAAGCAAGCAGAGACAGAAGGCCACAAAACACAACGAUGGAGGACAACUCUCAUUUGAACAAAAAGGAUCGCAGAGUGGAGGAAAACACAGGACAUUUGAAGAGGUUCACAUGAAAUGGUUAGAGAGCUCCUAUCACUGCACAGCGCAUCUGCACUAAAAGUCAGAGGCCAAUAAAGGGUCCCAAAAUUAGAAAAAAAAACACUCAUUAGGUUAUCUCACAGUUCUCGGAUAAGGUUUUAUAGCAGGGUGAGAAGGGGCAACAAAACGAUUAACAUUUCUAUAGGAUAGUUUUUUUUUUCCAUGUUUACACUUUGUAGUACAUUUCUUUUUAAAGAGGACCACUAAAAAACACAGACGGGGCAGUGUGAGAUAUUGUGUGUAGAUCAGUCAGAUUGUUUGUUUUUGCAAUUCUGUAAAUAGCUGCUGAGCAAUAUUCCAGGCUAGAUUGUGAUUUUUAGUGUUGACAUGAACCUUUAAGGAAAAAUUUCAAAACAACCAACAAGAAAACAGGAGUAAAUCUGGAACAACAAGUGAUGGAGGUCACAGCUAGGUGGAUGCUCUCGGGACAUCUGGAGUCCUGUGAUUCUGGUCAGGCAUGCAGUUCAGACGUGUGUGGAUUUCUUUGUUCUGAGUGGUUAUUGUUUCAUCUGAAGCCACAGACACAAGUCCUUCAAAGAGAACUGCAGGUUCUUUUCACCAAGUUCGCAUGAAGGCACCCUCACUCUUUUGUUUUUGUUAUUGUGUGAAAAGCAUUCCUGACCGCCACACAAGUGGGAUCCAUAAAGACUUAUGUGCCUAAAGGAGUGUUAAGGUGAAUUAACUUUUUUUUUCCUUUAUUUUGGGGUGUGGGUGGGUAAUGUCAUGUUAACACCACUUUUUUUCUCAUUGUUUUAUUGUCACAGGUCCAAGGCUUUAUUUUUAUGACCAUAAUUUUGUAAAUUAAGAUACCAUUGAAGUGUUUCUCCCUCCCUAAUAGUCUCAUGAAGUAGCAAAAGGCUGCUACACUGUGAUUGUCUGCUCAAGGGUAGAGCGGCCUGGUGGCAGAAGUGUCUCUUACCUUGCUGUUUCGGUUCAUGUUCGUCUGGCUUUUGUGCACAUUUGAUGUCAACUGAACAGUAACGGUGAUCUUGCCAAGCUGAGUUACAGUUCAUUUGCAGGUUGUGAACAAAACGUGAAAAAUGUAAAAUGCUUUGUUGAAUGACAAAUGGAACAAGGCUUAAGAUUCUGUAAGAAAACUAAACGGUGUGUUAAGCCAUAUGUGGAGUCCAGGUGGGGUUUUUGCUCCAGCAGGUUGCUAUUACACUAAGUGGCUGAUGUAACGUAGCGAGGUUUGACUGAAGUAGAUCACUGUUGGGAUAAAAGGACCUGCAGCUUGUAGAGAAGUGACAGUAGGACUGUGGUCGCUUUUUCAUUCAGAACCCACUCAUUAAAGUAUCCUACUUGUCACAUUUAUGGUACACUAUCUCCUGGCUUUAAGCAUCAUGUUGGCCAUUGGACAAUCUUCCACACUGUCAAAGAUCUGUCACAGUAUUAGCUGUAAUGAAGUGAUUCAUCUGUGGUGAUAAACCAGCUUGUUAAUAGUUUCUAUCACUGCUAGUCUCCAUGUCCCUUUUGUAGAAUUCAGGUUUUCCUUGACAGCUGUUUCAUUGGAUGAGAAGUGUUCAAGUAGUGAUGGUAGCCACUGUCAGGAAAGUGAUUUCAGCAACGUGCUUCUAACUUUCAGUUCUGAAAUCAUUGUUUUUUAAAAAUAAUUUCUGGUCUUUCACAUUGUGACCCAUUUGCUAUAUGUCAUCUAGACACCAGUCAGCCACAACAUUACAACCACAUGCCUCAUAUUGUGUAGGUUUCCUCGUCCUGUCAAAGCACCUCUGAGUAGUCGAGUCAUGGACCUGGACCUUUUUUUUAUGUUUUUAUGGUAUGGCAGGGCUCUGUGUUCUGCUGUUGCCAUGGUGUACUUGGUCUGCAACCAUGUUUAGGUUUGUGGUAUUUAUCAAAAUAACAUCCACAUGAAUUCCAGAACCCAAGGUUUCCAACAGAGCAUUGCAUUUUAACAAGAUGAUCAGUGUAAUUCUCUUCCCUUGUCAGUGGUUAGAAUGCUGUGGCUGAUCAGUGUGCAGGCUGUUUACUGUUGGCCAUUUUCCAGAGCAUACCUUGUGUAAUAGUGAUCAGUGAAUCCUUCACUGUAAAGAUCUAAAAUACUGCUCAUUGUGUCAAUAUUUGCCCUUUGGGUUUAAGUAAUGUGAGCCACUAGUUAAAUAUAGACUCCAGUGUCACUCUGACGGGUAACAACUUCAGAGUGUUCCACCAGUAAAUCACAACUUGGGUCUGAUUGGGUAAAUAAAAGCCACAUAUCAGAAUUUAUUAAUUUCCUAAAAUGCAACUUGGCUUGAUUGACAGAUUUAUACAGAUUUGAGGGUGUUAGACUAAUAAUGGCAAUUGGUGAGUUUAUGUGUAUUUCAAGUCUUUGCAACUUGAUGUCCAUGCUAUAAACAACAGUGGGGAACCAAUUGCUGCCUGGAACAGAAGAACUCAUCCAGGGUGUUACCUUCACGGGGAGACUACACACAAUAGUAAGUGUGAUCGAUUCAUGUACAGCAAAGGCAGUCGUACUUGACAGACACCUAUGCAUUUGCUAGUUAUUACUGACAGUUUGUUAAGCAAAAAUGUCUGUUAGGCUCAAAAUCAAACCUCAGUUAACAAAACUACAAAUUGAAUUUUUUUUUUUUAAACCUCUUGCGUGCGGCCAAAAAUUCCUCUAUUCAGGAAAAAGACCCUUGCAUUUAAACACUGGUUUGCUUUGGAAAAUUGUCAAAAGCAUCCAAGAACCUGUAGCGUCCUUUACAAAACUGUGGUCCUCAAUAGAACCAUUUACCUGCUUCCAUCCCAUCUCAGCAGGUCUUCUUUUACGACUCCCUUAUGCACAGUAUUGUCUUGUCCGGCUUACGUCAGGUUCUUUUUCAUCUCAGCUCGUAAUGAGAUUACCAACCACACUGUUUUGUCUUUGUCCUUUUUCUGGAAAAGCCUGUGCACUGUUACAUAAGUCAAGUCUCCUAUGGAUUCUUGCCCAAGUCUUUUAUUUUUCUUUAGAGAAGUCAAACUGACAUAACUUGCUAUUUUUUGGCAACAAGUAUGAGUCCUGUGAGUACUGACAUAGAACUGACAAGCGUACAGUAGGUAGCCUAUCAUUGUGUUCACGAUUCUUGUCAUAUGCAAAUCUAUUACACUAGUAGUGUGAAGUUACUUUAAAUAAAUGGGCAAGGAAUUUGGAUGUUAGGUCUAAAGUUUGUGAAAUCUUUGGCUGGUAAAAGGAUCACCGUGUUGUGUGAAGAUUUAACGUCAAAAAAAGAAGGUGAAAAUGAUCACUACUGCAUCCUCAUGAAUAUUCAUUUUGGCCCUGAGGUAUAACUGCCAUGUUAGUUGCAUCACCAAUGCCAACAAAAGUGCCUUCUGUUUGAUCACUAGGCCUUGAGCCAAAGACAAGCAACAGUAAUAGCCUUGUAAAAUGAAGAAUGGUAACUGCAACAGGCACUUCUGCUUGCCUUCCUUAACAUGUAAUCUGACAAAUUCGUAAAAAAAACCCAAAGAUUUGAUGUCCAGUAUCAGUGCAAAAAUCCAUUCAGAAAUUGCCAGAUAAAAUGCCCUAUCAAAUCAAUGGCCGUUCCUUUUUUCCCUUCCUAAACUCCACUAUUAAUCAUCAUCUUUCUCUUGUCUAGUUUCUUAGCUACACUCUGUGCAAAUGAUAAGAUUGUAAUGUUCUUUUUUUUCAUCAUUAAUUAUGUCGUUUAGCUGUAUAGACUGUUAACAUUCUGGGUUAUUUUAGUAAAAAAAAAAAGUUGAGGGGUUGGAGGGCUAGGAAUCCAUGUGUCAGCAUAAAAUGUUUAUUAAAUUUUUUUGUGGAGGAAAACUUACUGGGUUUGCUUCUGUAUUGCCAAAUAUGUUUUAAAAUGCUGUAUUUUCUUACAUGGAAAAGUGUUACACGAAUGGUAGGAGGGUGCGGAGAAAAUAAUCUGUUUAAAUCCAACUUACCUUAAGGGAAAACUGUGGAAAAGGUUGACAUGAGAACAUUUUUAAUUGUGUCAUUGUCAUGUGGAAAUGGUCUACCAUUAAAACAUUCCCUCUGAAA